GUUGUCAUUUCUGUACUGUUAUCUUUGAAUUUUAUGAUGACUAAAAAGCAAGGGCCCCUUCAACCUCAUGGUUUAUUUUAAACCUCCCAAAAAUGGCGACACCGAAGAAAAAGAAAAUGCCUGUGCAGGAAGAAACUCAGGAUAUUGACAAAGAAAGCGCGAUGGCGGCGCCGUCUUCUUCAAUUCCUCCUCCAAAUAUUUCUAGCAUCAAGAACAAGAUGAGGAGGACUCAGGAAUUUAUCAAACUGAAGCGACAGAAGAGGAAGGAAAAGAAGGAGCUACAGAAGAAGAGGAAACGUGAGGCAGAGGCCUUAGGAGAGGAGGCUCCACCAAAGAAGGUACCAAAGACCAUAGAGAACAUGCGAGUAUUGGAUGAGACCAUGGUGGACCCUCAGGAUGAAGAGGUGCUCCAUGACGAGGCCCAUGAUGAGAUGGCUUCUUACUUCAGUAGAGACACCAGGCCUAAAGUCCUCAUCACCAGCAGUGAUAGACCUAGAAGUACGACCACACGUUUCCUUAAGGAGCUCGGCCAGUGCAUCCCCAACUCUGAGGUGUACUACCGGAGGGGCCUGGAUCUUAAGAAGGUGAUUCCUCAGGCGCUGGCCAAGGAGUUCACAGACAUCAUCGUCGUUAAUGAGGACAGAAGAAAGCCCAAUGGUAUGUUGUUGUGUCAUCUGCCAGAUGGGCCUACUGCUCAUUUCAAGAUCAGCAAUGUUAAAUUACAUGAUGAAAUCAAGAGAGCAACAAAGUCAACAGAACAUCACCCUGAGGUUAUCCUCAACAACUUUAACACCCGUCUGGGCCACACGGUGGCUCGCAUGUUCGCAGCACUCUUCCCUCACGACCCACAGUUCUCAGGACGUCAGGCUGUCACCUUCCACAACCAGAGAGACUUUAUUUUCUUCAGACAUCACAGGUAUCUGUUUAAGAACAACAAGCGGGUUGGUCUGAACGAGCUGGGACCACGGUUCACCCUGAAGCUCAGGUCUCUACAGAAGGGCACGUUUGACUCCAAGUUUGGGGAGUUUGAGUGGGUCCACAAGCGGCAUGAAAUGGACACAAGCAGAAGAAAGUUCUUCCUGUAACAGUUGCUGCCAUAUUGUCAACAUCUUGGAAAUAUGAUGACAAGAAAUAUGGAUAGAGUCAUACCUUAAAUGAAUUCAAUUUCAGUUAUACAGUCGUAGUAUAGUUAUGUAAAUAAAGACUGAGAUGAAAUAUACCAGUUUUCUUUUUUG